AUGAAUCUGUCGCUCCUGAAGAACUUCCUCAACGCCCAGAUCGCCCAAGGGGAGGAGGCGCGCCCACCGGACGGCCUCCCGCCCUUCUCUUGUCGCUUCCCACCGGCCCUCUGGCAGGUGCCAGUGCUGCUUCGGCAGAGCUUGGGAGUUUUGAGGGUUCAGGGUUUUGGGGGUUGUUGUGCGUUCUGGGAGUUUUAG